UCACUAAUUUAAGAUACAAACUCCUUUAACUUCCUCUAAAGGUUUUUAAUUCAUCAACAUCACAAGCAACACCAAUUCACUUCCUAUCUUCAUUCUUUUCCCAUGGUUUACAUAUUGGCAAACUUGGUAUUUUAAUUAAGAUUGCCAAUGUUGAGCCAACCCAAAUUGACAUGUUAAUAUAUUUUUGUCUUCUUCAUUUUGGUUAAUUGGCAAUGGCAAAUACUGACAUGGACAUCCCCGUAGGCGAUUUGUUUGCUGAUAGUGAUGGCGAAGAGAAACUAUUCUCCUUCAAGGUGGGAUUGGCACAACUAAUGCUUCGAUCAGGGGGUGGAGUCGUUGUUGAGGUGACCAAUACAGAAGAGGCAACAAUUGCAGAGGAAGCUGGGGCUGCUUGCUGCGUUGUUAGUGGAAGGCUCAUGCUUGAUUUACCUAUCGUCAGGAAAAUCAAGCGGGCUGUCUCAAUUCCUGUCAUGGUUAGAAUCCGUGCUGGUCAUUUCGUUGAAGCCUGGAUUCUGGAAGCAAUUGGCGUAGAUUUCGUGGAUGAGAGUGAACUUCUCGGAAAUGCUUUUAGCAGAAACUACAUCAAUAAGCAUUAUUUUCGUGCACCAUUUGCUUGUGGGUGCAAAAAUCUGGAAGAAGCAUUAGCAAGAAUCGUGGAAGGUGCAGCCAUAAUUUGGAUCCAGGGGGAGGAAUCUUCGUUGGAAGGGACAGCUGAGAAUGUGAGGUCAAUAAUGCAAACAACAACCGACUUAGCACGAGCCAACGAAGACGAGGUUUCUGCAUUUGCAGAGGAGAUGGAGGUGUCUUAUGAUCUCGUAGCACAAAUAAAGGAAAUGGGUAAGCUUCCAGUAGUUCAAAUUGCGAUGGGAGGCAUUGAGAGUCCUGCUGAUGCAGCGCUGAUGAUGCAAUUGGGUUGCGAUGGGGUGUGUGUGAGAUCAAAAUUUUUUCAAUACCCAGAUUCCUAUUUAUGGAACCCAUUUAGGCGACUUCGAGCAAUAGUUGAGGCUGUUAAGCACUAUAACAAUCCACUUGUGUUAGCGGAAUGCAUUAACUGGAUGAUGAAGAAUGAGGAUGAUGAAGAUGAUGAUAAUGAAGAUUUAACCUGAUUCAUGUCUCUCUGAGUUAGGGAAAAUUUCUAGGCUUGUGAAAAGAAAAUUUCCAUCUUUAAAUCCGAUUGUGAACGAGAAGAAUCAAAUCCAAUCUGAAAAUAUUCAAAAUAUUUGUGUAUGAUUGAUUUAACAAUUAAUCUAUAUUCUCUAAUAAUUGUUUCAGUUCCUAAUCA